GUGAAAAGUUUGUAAUUGGACGCGGUCAGCGCCGCGCCCGCUAGUGGCCUUCUCUGUCGCCUCUCUUCUCAGACACCAUUUUUCUCACUCUUUUUCUCCUUCAUUUCUAUCCGCUUUCCGUCUCUCUUACUUUUUUACUCUCUUUUCUCUCGCAUUUCCAUCUGCGCUAACCGCCCCCUCGGCAGUCGCCAGUCGACAGUCGCCACCGCCCUCACCUCCGGUGAAACCUCAUAAGACGCUCUGGUCUUCUUCUCUUCUCAGCAUCCCACCACUCGUUUCUGUUCAUGUAAUCGUUUUUAAUAAUCCGAACCUUAUAACUUUCUAGUUUUCAGCCUUCAAGCAGAGUGGAAUGAUCAGUUGCGAAUCACGGAUUCAGACAAUCGGUGUAAUUCAAGCCGGUGAUAAUACCCUUCUAAUUUCUGCUUUCGAUUCUCUACACGAUCGCUGUAAUUCAAUCCGGCUACGGGAUUUUACAACUUGGUUCUUGCAAGACUUGUAUACAAACCGUUAGUGCAGACAAACAUUUCUCUUAAUGGGUCAUCCACAUAAGACUGAUGAGGAAUCAAAGGUUUUGAGUAGUUUGAUGAAAAAAGAAGAGAGUGGGUUUUUAAACUCUACUAUAGUGGAAGAGGAUGCUGAUGCUGCAGUAUUGAUAGGGGAUAUGACAGAUACAACCACCCUUUUGAGUGACGAAAACGAUAAUUGGACAGAUACUUCUUUUGAUUUCUCAGAUAAUGAUGCUUCCUGCUCAAACUCUGAUGUUUCCUAUAUAUCUGGUAGUAUGGAGAAACAUAUUGUUGCUCCUGGGAUUAUGUCAGAUGUAUCAGGGAAUUUUUCCAACAAGAUAAUGCUAACAUGGGUUCUGAAGGCAUGGGAAGCAAUGCCUUGCUUAAUUGAGCCCUCAUCCGAGCUUUCCAAGAACACACAACAUCACAACUCAGAUACAACGAUUGAAGAUGUUAGAGUUUGUUUUGAAAAAUGUGGCAUACAAGACCCCGGUAGAAAGUCAUACCUACCUUUGUCAUCUAAUAAUGAUCUUCAGACAUGGCCUGCUUUAACUCCUAUUAAGCCCUCAUUUGCGUUUUCGAAGAGUAGACAUCAACACAAUUCAAACAUAAAAGUUGUUUCUGAUGUUCUUGAAGAAAGUUACGGUUUAACUGGUGGGGCUUCUUACAUUGCCUCGUCAUCUAAUAGUGAUCUCCACGAGGGUAAUAUGUCAUUCAAGAGGAGUUGGCGUGAAGUUCUUAUUGGCCUUGGAACUUCCUCUGAACAGACUCAGACUCGAGACAUUAAAGGAAAGAGUCCAUUACAUGAUCCAGAUAGUUGGGUGAAGAUAGUAAAAAAAGGGUCACACACUCGGGACUCUAAAGGAAAGAGUCCAUUACACGAUCCAGAUAGUUGGGUGAAGGUAGUAAAAAAAGGGUCACAAAUGCAAAAACUUGACUAUCCUUCAAAAGACACCGCAAAAAAGCAACAUAUUCCUGGGGAUGAUUAUAAGAAAUACAGGCAUAACGCAAAUCAACACUGGGAAAUUCAGAAGUCCCUCGUUGAGCAGGCUAAAAACGCAUAUGCAAGUGGAAAACAGAAUGAGGGGGUAAAUCUCUCCGAACAGGCAAGGAUGUGGAAGGAAAAGGCUGAGCAAGCUGAUGAAAAGGCUAGCGAGGAUAUUUUUGAUUCAAGGAACAAAAAUAACAUUGUAGAUUUGAUGACAAUCGAUUUACAUGGACAACAUGUGAAAGAGGGAAUGACGAUACUAAAAUAUCACCUUGCAUUUGGUGUAUAUGGUCGUUCUCUGCGGCGGCUCCGUGUCAUCACCGGAUAUGGGAGUGGAGGAACUGGGCAGUCGAUGCUGAAACAGGCGGUUGUUGAUCUCUUAAAAAUGGAGAAAUUUGAGUGGGAUAAAGAAAACGAAGGUAGUCUUCUAAUCAAAUUCGACAUGAAGAAGAGAAAGUUGGGGUUUGUGAAAUUGUAGUUACUCUCAUUAAUCUUUGUUCAUUUCUCUUUUUCUUUGGACAAUUUGUUGUAUGAGAAUGAAACAAAUAUGUGUUGGUUUUCCCAAAACCCUUUUGAUCAUCGGUUAAUUUACACUUUGUCAGAAAUGAUAUUUACGCAAUGAUCAACGGUUAUUUUUAUAGAAGCAUUAAAUGAAAUUAUUAGGAAAAUAUAAUAAGUAAGAU